UGUGUGUGUGUGUGUGUAAUUCAACAGAAGCCACAGUUUAACCCUUCAUGACUCUCUCUCCCUACAGACAGAACAACACUUUGGACAUCCUGAAGCUGGCUCCCUGAUGCACGAGACGGGCUCGCGCCCAAACUAACUGACACACACAUACACACACACACACACACACACACACACCUUCCCGGAAUGGCUGAUCAGGAGAAAGGCAAAGUGACUUUACCCAAGCACAUUGCUUCUGACUUGCGGAUGGAGCAUAUCGCCCAAGAGUCCAUGGACAGCUCCGAUGAUGAGUUUUUUGAUGCCCGAGAGAGCCUGUGCCAUAAGGGUAAACCUAGGUGUAUCCCCCAGAGCGGCAUCGAAGGUCUAGAAGACAGCAGGACAAAGUGUAAGACUCAGGUGCUAAUAUUGGUGGUGCACGGGGGGAACAUUCUGGACCUGGCCAGUGGUGACCUGGGGGCAAAGGCUGCAGACGUGGCCACUCUGUCCACAGUGCUGGAGAAAGUGGCACAGGCGCACUUUGAGGCUGCCGCACACCACAUACUAAUCAAGCUGGUGCCCUGUCCUGCUGUAUGUGCAGAGGCCCUUUCACUGGUUUCCAAUCUGAACCCCUAUAGCUACGAUAAGAGCUGCGUGUCGAGCAGUGUUGACCACCUUCCACUAGCAGCACUCCCACUUCUUGCUAUUGCAUCACCGCACUACCAGGACUCUGUGGCAAGCAUCAUCUCCCGAGCCAAUGAGGUCUACCACAGCUUCUUACAGUCUCCUGAUGGACAGGGCUUCACUGGUCAGGUGUGUCUGUUGGGUGACUGUGUGGGUGGCGUGCUGUGUUUUGAUGCACUCUGUUUCAGCAACAGCCCACAACAUGACAAUCCUAGUCACAGAGGGAGACGCAACAGUAUGGAGAGCCUAAGGGAUAGCCCUGGACUUCCGAGAGAGGACGACUGUGGCCUGAGCUCCAGCAAGCGCCUAAGCAAGAGCAACAUUGACAUUUCUUGUGCCAUUGACUCUUCCAACAGCCAGCAUCCAUUUUUCAGCAGCCAGGUCCAGGAUGGAAUAGACCUAAGCUCAGGAAGAAGUAGUCCAAGGUGGAAUCCAGGUCAUUUUGACUUUGAGGUAUCUGAAUGUUUCCUGCUAGGCUGUCCACUUGGACUAGUGUUAGCCAUGAGACGCACUGUUCUUCCUUCAGUCAAAGUGACUCAUCUGCAGCCUGCCUGCUCUCAGAUCUUCAACCUGUUUUACCUCUCCGACCCAUCAGCCUCCAGACUGGAGCCCCUUCUGCAUUCUUGCUUUCACCAGCUGCCUCCAUUCCCUGUGCCACGAUACCAGCGCUACCCGCUAGGAGAUGGCUGCUCUACCCUCAUUGUUGAUGAGAUCCAUAGCCACCCUGAUGUGUUUCUGGAUGGAGGCUGUGCUCCAGGCGGUGCUGCAUUCUUCUCCUGUGUGGAUGAAGCAGAGAAGGCAAUGAAGCAGGAGGUUGAUGAUGACAGCGAGCCCUCGGGCUGCAGGGAGAACAAGCUGAGCCUCACCAUCGCCAACAUCUCCAGUAGCUGGUGGGGCUCUAAACGGCUGGACUAUGCACUUUAUUGUCCUGAUAUAUUGACUGCAUUCCCCACUGUGGCUCUGCCUCAACUGUUCCAUGCCUCUUACUGGGAAUCUACUGAUGUAGUGGCCUUUCUACUCAGACAGGUGAUGCAGUGUGACUGUGUGAAGGCUCAGGAGGCAGACAGCUUAGACCCCACCUGCUUUUCCCCUUCCAGCCCCAGAGAGAAAUGGCUACGAAGACGCACACAUGUUAAGUUAAGGAACAUUACUGCCAACCACAGAGUGAAUGAUGUCAUUGCGACUGAGGAAGGGCCGCAGACUCUGGUUGGUCGCUUUAUGUACGGCCCUCUGGACAUGGUGACUCUGACAGGAGAGAAGGUGGAUGUAUAUUUGAUGACUGAACCGCACUCAGGAUGUUGGGUGCACUUUGACACCAAAAUUACCAACAGCAGUGGCAGAGUAUCGUACACUAUCCCUGACAGCAAACAAUUCCCUGUGGGAGUUUAUCCUAUUAAAAUGGUGGUUAGGGGAGACCAGACGAGUGCAGAGGCUUUCCUGACUGUGCUGCCACAGGGAAUGGAGUGUGUAGUAUUUAGCAUUGAUGGGUCUUUUGCUGCUAGCGUUUCCAUCAUGGGCAGCGACCCUAAAAUGCGGGCAGGUGCUGUGGAUGUGGUCAGACACUGGCAGGACCUGGGAUAUCUGAUCAUCUACAUCACUGGGCGUCCAGACAUGCAGAAACAGAGAGUGGUGUCAUGGCUUUCCCAGCACAACUUCCCACAGGGCAUGAUCUUUUUCUCCGAGGGGUUGGUGCAUGACCCACUGCGCCAGAAAGCCAUCUUUCUUAGGAAUCUCAUUCAGGAGUGUCACGUUAAUAUCCGUUUGGCCUACGGCUCCAUGAAGGACAUCUCCGUCUACAGCAUGCUGGGUCUCAGCCCCAACCAGAUAUAUAUAGUGGGCAGACCAUCCAAGAAAUACCAAAACCAAUGCCAGUUCCUCAGUGAGGGUUAUGCCAUGCACCUUUCCUCACUGCGGUUUGGCCACCAGGGUCGAUCCCAGAAGACCACAUCAAUGCGCAUGAUACUGUGUAAUAGCUCUUUUGGCCUCUCAGCAAAGCCAGACUUUCUUCCCAAGCGCACAUACUUGCGACGUACCAUGUCUGCACAGCAGGCUGAGCUGCCCAAGACACUGAUUCCUAAAACAGAGCGCUCCCAAAGCCAGCCUGAGUCUGAUAAAGACCACAAGUUUGGAGGAGGAAUAGGCCACAGUAUGUUUCUGCUGGGGAGCAUGCACCGGAGUAACACCACUCCCUGACUACAGAGAGAAAGGGGGGGACAAGAGGAGAGAACAAUGUCCAGUGUAGUGACAGGAUACUGCAUUCUGGAAGAGGAACCACCUGAAGUUGUUCCCAGCUGUCUACCCAACGGAUACAGAGCACAAAAGAAUGGAGGGUUCCAAGAAAAUAUUGAAGUGCAGGGAGGACCACAAUUACCUGCGUCUGGUUUCCCCAAAAGGCGGUGAUCAGCUUCAGAUCCAGGACUGUAGGUCAACUUCAGAUCCUGGACUGAAAGCUGAGGAGGCGAUGAUGGAGGCCUGAGCUGACGAACUGUGAGACUAGAGUGUUCAGAAUGUUUGUGAGGAAGAUGCAGAGGCUGUCUUUAUGCCAUCCUCACUAGGAGUAUGCAGCAGCCACGUUCAUCUUUUUGACCAGCCAAUUUCCUUCUGUGUCACAGCACUGUGAUCAAUAAGAACUCUUCAUUUUUUGGUACUUUUUCCCUUAGCCUAAACAACAGUAUUCUUUUAUAUUUCAGAAAAAUGUUAGUAUGUAUUUUUGUAUACUUGCAUUGCCAUGUCAUUUUGUAUGAUUUGGAAUUCUGUGAUUAAAGAUUAUACCGUAUGUAUUGUUUUUUUUUUUGUCCUAUUUAGGUGACAAAGCGAUAACAUUUGAGUUUGUAACAGUGACACAGUGAAUGAUCUGUUACUAUAUUUAAUAGAUGAAUAUGUGUCUGUACAUGUAUCUUCCUUCAAAAAGGUUUUUUUAAAAUGACUUUUUAUGCCAAGGCUUUCAUGCUAGUGUUGUUUUUGACAGCUUUAAGGACAAAACUGUAAAUGUUUGAAUGAAUUUGUUUAUUUCCACAUAGAAUAAACCUCAUUUAUAACAGUAGUAAAUAUUUUUAAACUAGAGAACCUGGUGACUUUCACUUUGGUGGGCAAAUUGAUAGAUUAAGCUUGAGCAUUUCGAAGUAUAGUAGUACCACAAAUCUUUCAAUACCAAAAUUGAAGUAAAGGGAGAAUAAGUGUUAAAAUAAUUAAAUUAGUUCCCACUCAAUAAUCAUUGAUUUAUUCUUUCAUUCAUCUUCAGUAAUUACUUUAUCCUGGUCACAGAACAUAGACACCAGUCCAUUACAGGCAAGUGUAAUCGAUGUUAUCUAUCUUGCUGUCUUGCCUGGCCCUAGAAGAUGCUUCUCUGUAAAUGCUCUUACAAGAAUCUCAGUGCAGUGAUUACAGCAAGAAGUGUUUUAUCAUGUCCUGAAAGAUACCACAAUCCUUGCGGGUCCAAGGCUAUUUGUAAUGUAGCAUGACCAGUAUGAGGUGUAAGAAAUUCAGCAAUUGAUGAGUUUGCAGACACAAGUGGUUCAUGGGUCUUCAUUGUUAAAGGCUCCCAAUAAUAAGAAUGAAUAAUGCUAAACCUCACAUCUUUGCAUUUAUCAAUAUCAUUUUGGGUGCUUGUAAGAAUUUUUAGUGAAACGUGUAUUUAGAUCUGGUGGGAUCUGGUGUUUGAAAGGUCUACACCCCAAUGAAAGUGUUGGAAUGAAACUUUAUUGUAAAUGUGUUCAGCCCCUUUUCCAUAUUUGCUUGUGUCAAUGCUCAUUUUUGUCUAUAUAUGAUAUCUUAAAAAAUAAUGCAAAAAACAUUCAUAAACUUUUCAAUCAAAUCAGGUUCUGGCGCUGCAAUAAUAUAUGUAUAUAUUUAAUUACAGUUUGGUUGGUGGUAUUUAAAAACAUUGCCUUAUUUUUGGGUAAACACAAGCUUUCACAGUUGUUCAAAUGAUAAAGUAUGUAAACUUGAAAAUAUUUGCGUGCCAUUUUAAGGAAAUGCAUGAUGGUACAGUCAGAAAUCCACCUUUACUUAUUUGUAAACUGUGUUCUGAUUUGUACUGCUACAAAAUAUUGGUUAUAAAAAUUUUAGCAUCUGAGCCUUAGCUAAUUACAUAUCUUUAUUUGUCAUGAUUGGCAUCAAUAACUAAAGACUUCUAAUAUUCUGCUACACAGUAAUACAGAUUUUUUUAUGUAAAGAAAUAUGCAAUGAUGUUAAUAUAUUAAAAAGCUGUAAUGCUUGAAAGCUGUAAUGUGAUUCUUUGACAUAGUCACACUGUUUAAAAUCCAAUCCAACCCAUAUUUCUGUUAUUUCUGAUAUGUUUUUUUAUAUGAGAGAAAGUGUGUUAGCAAUAGAUUUUUAUGGCAUUUGUAUCAUUACAUAUGUUUGUGCUUAUUAAAUACUUGACUGAAGUGCCUAAUUUACAAAUGCUUAACUGCCAAAAUUUGUGAAAAUGAAAAUAAAAGUAUUGGAAUGAA